AUGAACCAUAACGACUUCGACAUGUAUUAUAACAACAACUCCAACCGCUCGCCAACAUCCCACAGGCAGCUCAACCGUCAGGCUUCGCGACAGCAGGUGGAGCCGCAAGCCUAUCUACCAUCCGACCUGUAUGCGGGUGCUUACGGAGGAGAUCGCUUCAAUGACGGGCGAUCUACAAUAGGCGGCUACGGCAACGAGUACGGCAUGGGUGGUGCAACGUGGAACUCCAAUACCUUCGGGCAGAACAACACUGUGAAUGGACUUGGCGGGACUGGCAUGAGACGGCCACAAUCGAAGGGUCGUGCUGGACUGCCUGCUGCCUGGAUUGAUCAGUCGCAAGCUAUGCCUCCACCAUUCAUGGGUGGUAUGGCAGGAUUUGGUGGCAUGCGACCAGACACCAUGGGCUCAGACCCCGACGAAGACCUCAUUCCGACCGCCAUUGUUAUCAAAAAUAUCCCUUUUGCCGUUAAGAAGGAGCAGCUUGUGGCUAUUAUGACUGACAUGGGUCUGCCUCUUCCAUACGCCUUCAACUACCACUUCGACAAUGGUGUCUUCCGCGGUCUGGCCUUUGCCAAUUUCACAAACCCGGACGAGACUGCUGCUGUCAUCGACUCGCUGAACCACUUCGAACUGAAUGGAAGGAAGCUACGUGUGGAAUACAAGAAGAUGCUACCAGCAGCAGAGCGCGAGAGGAUCGAGCGCGAGAAGCGUGAGCGUCGAGGCCAGCUUGAGGAGCAGCAUCGCCCAAUGGGUCCAGCCACUUUGCAGACCCAAGGCUCAAUGUCAUCUCUCAACUCUCGCAUCCAGAAUCACUCGCCUUCGCCUGUCACUGCCCGCAAUAUGCGCAGUGGUGGUGGCUGGCAGCAACCUACCACCGAGUCACCGAACAACAUGGGUGUGGAUGUUGACAUGAACGACCCAAUCACACUGCAGUACUACACGAAGUUGCUCCUAUUCAAGGAGGACACGAGCCGCGAUCUGGUGGUGUUCCCACCGACUCUUGCUCCUCCAGAACGCCGCAUUGUCCAUACGCUCGCUCACCACAUGUCGCUUGGCCACACCUCAAAAGGCGAGGCAGACAGGCGUGCAGUGCAUGUUUUCAAAGAAGGAUCCAGAGCACGCGUCAGCCCGCCUAUGCCACAGAUUGCACAUCUGCAGAAUGACAACCGACGCACGAUCAACCGCGCAGCUACUACCGACUUCAGUGAUGUCCGUGGCGGGAACGAUUACUACGGAGGUGGCCUUCGUACGCAAGGUUCUGCGUAUCUCGGCGGAUACAACGAUGUUGGAAGUCUUGGUCCAAAUAACAACUUACGUGCCGCCAAAUCUUUCGCGGACCUGCGCUCGUACACGCCGUCUCCAGUACCCUCCACCGCCAGCUUCCCGGCUGCACUCAGCAACAACGUGGCCCGUCUCGCCCAGGACUUUGGCACGGUCAGCAACCAGUCCAACACACCUACUCUCAUGACGCCAACCUCUAGCCUAGCUGAGCGCAACGAGAGCACGCUGAUCAGUGGACUUGGUAACAUGAACCUGGGUAGUAACGGCUUCGGUGGCAGCCCACGCGGCCUGCGCGGCUUCCCAAGCUGGGAUCGCGAAACCCCUGGACCCAUUGGCGGGCACCGCUCUUUCAGCACUAACUAUGACGACCGGUCGCAGAGCCGCAACAACCAGCAAGGUAACCCAGAACGUCAACCCCGCGGACCAAUUCCCGAACGUGGCGCCGGCUUUCCUCGCCCUCGCCAGAACGGCCACGUCGCACGCAACAGCGACGAGAUGUCGCAGCAAAGCAGUGCACCAGAAAUCACGGUCGAGCACUGA